UCAUACAAUCAUAUAACACUAUACAAAAGCGAUAUAAUAUUAUUGCCCUCAUAGCUAUUCUCCAAAAUAUACGCAGAGACGGUUGAAUUCGGGUUAUAUGUUGUUCAUUGUGACUUUCCCAGUAUUACAUUGCAAGUAAAUUGGGGUUCAAUUAUAAAGAGAGUAAACAAUUUAUCUUGAGCCAUCAACACCGUUAUUGCUAUCUUUCAUAGUAACUUAAUUUGUAUAUACGUGGUUCUCCAUCUAUACGAAAAGCUGGAAAAACGAAAGACAUUGGAAGGCAAUGGCCACGUUAACUAAUUUGGAACCAUUCGCUACGGGAAGGGCAGUUUUGAAAACCACUCGUGGUGAUAUUCAGUUGGAGUUAUGGUGCAAAGAGGUACCAAAAGCUUGCAGAAAUUUCUUACAGUUGUGCAUGGAAGGGUACUACGAUAAUACUAUUUUUCAUCGCGUUGUUCCAGACUUUUUGAUCCAAGGAGGAGACCCAACCGGCACGGGAAUGGGGGGUCAAUCCAUAUAUGAAGACCCGUUUCCCAUCGAGACACAUCCUAGAUUACGAUUCAUGAGACGUGGUUUGUUAGGAAUGGCCAGUACCGAAGGUGAAGGUAACCAGUCUCAAUUCUUCAUUACAUUAGGUCCAACGCCAGAAUUAAACGGAAAGCAAACACUCUUUGGAAGAGUUGUCGGUGAAACAAUUUAUAACGUAGUUCGAAUUUCUGAACUGGAACUUGAUGCCGAUGAACGGCCUGUUUACCCUCCAAAAAUUAUGUCCACUGAAAUUAUAGAUUCCUAUUUUACGGACCUGAAGCCUCGUAGUACGAAAGAAGACCGUGAACGGCUAGCCAAACAAUAUGCCUUAGAAGAAAAGAAAAAGGACAAAUCUGAAUUAUUAAAAAAGGGUGUACGCAACAAAGCUGUUUUAAGUUUCGGAGACGAGCUCGAUAUGCCAAUUCCUAAGAAGCCUCUUCGUAAAAACCCAUUAGUUGAUCAAAAGAAACAAAAAGAUUUAGAAGAUAAACCUCCUCAGUCUUUGCCGUAUAAUGCCGACUCAAUAGCUUCUUCUAUGCCUCCUCUACAAAAGAAACCAGCUGAGGUAAAGUCCGAGAUACCUGCUGAAAAGCCUGUUGGCCCUUCCUCUUUUGGUACUUCUGAUUCAUCCAAAUCAAAUUUGCAAAAAGAAAUUUCGGCUUUGAAAACCGAGAUUAAUUCCAUGGGUAGCUCGCCUGUUUCCAUGAAAAAGCCAGAUAAAAAUCAAAAGAAAAGAAAUACUCUGGAAGAGGAGCUUGAGAAAUAUAAAAGCUCAAAGAAGGUAUUAUCAGGGAAACGUAAAAAGUUAGAAGCAAAUGAAGAUGUUACCCUUUCAAUGCUGUCAAAUUUUCAAGCAAAGAUAAAAAGCGUUGACACUCAAGACAACGCUGAAGAUACCCAAGAAAUAAACGUAGAGGAGCCAUGCAGUUUACAUAAUGUUUCAGGUUGCUAUUCAUGUUUCGAUCGCCUUGGAGAAACUAACGCCUCGAAUGAAGAAAAUGGGAACUGGUUUGCUCAUACUCUCAUUGCAAAAAACGAUAAUAUAAGUAGGACGGAAGCUUUAAGGAAACAACGUGAAGAAGAAUUCAAGGACGUUUCUGCACCUGUGGAUACUAGAAACGAAAAAAGAUUACGAUAACGCAGACAUAAAUUUUGAGAUUUAUUCUAAUAGACAGAUAUUAUGAGAUAUGUAAAUAAAGGAAGGAAUAAUAUCAAGGUAUAAAAUAGUUUUUAUCUCAAUAAGGAAAAGGGAAGAAGGUGUCU